UUCACGAAUUACAAAGCUCUCUGUAGCUGCCGCUGUCGGAGACAUCGUCAUCUUCAGCACCCACCACCAUCGUCGUCAUUGGAGAUUCAAGUUCAGCAUUGACUGGUGUGACUGCUGUUUGUAGGAAACCGCCGGACAACUGACAGAAACAAAGUGGCAAGCCAAAAGCAAAGACAGCGGCUGUCAAGGGGGCAACUUCGAGUGUUGCAGCGCGCGGUCGUGAUGGCAGGAUGCGUGUCUUCCGGCUACACCUUGGUGCCACACAGGCUUGGCAUGAUCGUGCGCGGCAUAGACUUGGCGCACGGCGACGUGCCCCGUCACGUGAUGGAGCAGAUUAAGAGCGACGUCACCAAACAUCGCCUGCUCAUCUUCAAGGACCAGGGCAUCAUCUCUGGACAGAAGCAGGUGGACAUCACCCGCUGGUUCGGCGAGCCGGAGUCCACCUUCUACAAUCACCCCAAGUCGCCGCACCCGGACGUCUUCCGGGUCUCCAACGACCCCGCUGAAGGCUGCACGGGCGUGGGACGCACGGGCUGGCACAUUGACGGCAGCUUCAUGCCCGCACCCUUCGCCUACUCCAUCUACCACAUCGUGCGGGUGCCCAAGCGUGGGGCCACAGUGUUUGCCCCGCUGACUGAUCUGAUCGAGCGGCUGGAGCCGGAGAAACGCGCGCGCUGGGAGAGGCUCUGGAUGGUGAGCGACCGGCGAAACCGGGUGAUCCACCCCCUGAUUUAUCCGCACCCCGCCACGGGCCUGCCGACGCUGUGCUUCCACCUGGGCAUGACGGAGGAGUUUGUGUGGGACGCGGAGGACGCGCCGCGAGCUCGCACCACCGAGCCCGAGGAGACGGGCGCGCUGCUGCGCGAGAUCGAGUACGAGUUCACGCGGGACGGGGGCUCCAUCCAGUACGAGCACGAGUGGGAGGAGGGGGACUUCAUCAUUUCCGACAACCUGGCGCUGGGCCACGAGGCCCACCCCUCCACGCAGGCCCCGCCCGGCACCGUGGGGCUCCGUGUCAUGCACCGCACCACCGUGUGCGGCACCUCGACCCCCAGCAAACGGCGCCGCGGGGCCACCGCCGACGCGGCCAGCGGAUGAGCGGUUAAGCGCGCGCGCGUGUGGAUCAGCGCGUUCGUGUGUGGAUCAACGGACAGCCGUGAGAAUCGGCACGCGUGUGCGUCCGCACGAAUGCACGUGUGAGCGUUCGUGGGUGGGUGUUCGUUCACGCACGCGUGUGCGUUUAUUUGCAAGCACACAUACCUACGCGCUCGCACGCACACACGCAUGGAGUAAACGAUGGGAUCCCUUGUUUGGUCAUGUGGACCACAUGGGCAAGUAGUGUUGGCGAGCACCUAUUAAGGCUGGCUCGGCGCACGAGGGUAAUAUUGUCUUGGCCUAGAGCUAAGAGUCCAAAAUCGGUACAGAGUCCUUUCCUUUACCCAGGGAUUGCAUUUAUCCACUGCAUCAGGUCCUCAUCGCAGUGAACCUGGGGAAAGUCCCAGAGAUUUAAUUCACAAUCAUUUACAGCUGCGUCAGUCCGUUAUUGGAUUAAUGACGUUAAGUCUAGGACAGGAAUCAAACUCGGAUCAGUGGGCUCAUAUUGCAGUGUGCGAUCCACCUACGCCACCUACAAGAUUUAUGUAUAAGACAAAAGAGAAUUGGCCGAAUAUUUUAAAUCAGGCUUUGAUGGGCGAAGAUAUUAUGUUGCAUAAUAAAGCCUACAUGUUAAACGAACAUAUUGCAUUAUUUUAUGCACAGGCACGCAUAUUAUCCUGCAUUCCUUGUACACAUGCAUUUUAACGCUUCUGAAUCUCCACUCAAAAAAACACUUAACCUCAAUUCCAAUAAUCGUAGGUGCUAAUAGUAAAUUAAUUUGUAACAUCUUGCACCAUGGAUUUCAUAAGUGGGCUGUCAAGAGGAUGGCCACAAGCUUUUCCCGGUGGCCAAAUAAGGGCCCAAUGCCGUGUCCGUUGGUUGCGGAGGACAAGAAAAGUGUGUUGAUAAUUAAUUAAACAGUUACACACGAGGCUGAAUGAAUGGACGUUCAAAGUGUCGAAAAAACCGUCGUAAAAGAUAUAUUUUAUCCCAGCUUUAUUUUUAAGACGAAAGGAAUAAAACACACACAUGGACACGGGGGAAUGUGCACAUUGGCUGUUGAAAGUGUUUUAUUAUGAACCAGCUUAUCGCUUCUUUCAAGUCAUUUUGAAAUAACCGGUGCUGUGCACACUCACUCCCUGCGGGUCAGCCUUCACGGUAAACUUCAUAUAAAAACAUGAGAUUAUUUCAUAGAUAUCUGUAUUUUCAUCUUCUCGUUAUAAUAUUAUUUUCGGGGCCAGAUUUGAAUGCUGCAUUCGGAUCAUAAUCGACCUCGUGGGGCUGUACUAAAUGCAAUAAAUAUUUGUUUAGCCAUAAACAAUUCCUUAAACCUUAACAGGUGUGUAUUUGCAUGGGGGAAGGGGGGGGGGCUGACGAGGCCGUGAUGAAUGCCCAGGGCUUGCCCGCCUCCUCAUCCUAAAUGAUCUGUGUUUCAAGGAAACUGCCAAUUCAAUGUUGUGUUCUGGCAUGUCAGAGUUAGAGACCGCACGCCCGAGUAGCUGGCCGAACGGCGCCCACACUGACGUGGAGGGGGUACGUUGCGCCUUGGGUUACUGGAGGGGGAACACGAUACAAUAUAAAAUAUGUAUGUGCCGUAGGAUUCUCAAGUGACUUCCGACACUGACAUGUAUCCGAAGCAAUUUGGACGGCAUUACACAAGAUUGUAAUUGGUAUACUGCCUGUACGAUAGAUGCAUUGAACUGUGGAGUAUUGUGUGUGUGGGGGGGGGGGGCAGUUUUUUGUCUCGCUUAUUUUGGAUUGUUGCAUUGUUGUAGAGAGCGCGAGGGGCUGGUGGUUAUCUGGAAAAGCCUUCAUCCACGAGUGGGAUAGGGCCCCCUGGCUGGUAAUAAAAGGUUAUACGAGUGCAGUUAUGAGAUGUGGUUGUGGUCGUACGUGGCUUCCGAGGUGCAGUUGCAUCGAACGCAUUCGCCGUGGUGACAGCCUGACGAUAAUAACAACAUUGACGGUCAGGAUUGUAAAAAGAAAUAAUAUACGUUUAUUUGAAAUGUGAUAGCGUUGUGUGCAAUGAUCAUAAUUCAUUAUAAUGGGAUAGCGAGAGUAUAUAGCGAAAUGCAUCACGUAUAUUUCUGUUUUAUCUUUGCAGUUAAUUUCCACAUUAAUGAAAUACGGUUUGCGGGACCAGUCAAACAUAUUUUUGUUGUUAAGAGCGCUGGUGCGUUGGACAGAUUUUUUGGGCCGAUUCAUCCUCGGUCUUCUGUGCAGUUGUGAUGGAAAGUGCAGAUAAUGAGGCACGUGUCCACACUUCCCAGCAGUGAUUCCACGUUUCUCUCUCCCUGCCCUUUGUUUUAAACCGUGAAAUUGCCUUGGGGUGGAAAAUGGGGGUGCGGGGAGUCAAACAUCAAUGGCGUGUUGAUGAUCUAUGUGCAGUACGUGCUUUUCGUAAACACACAAUAGGGGAUUGCAAUUUUACGAAAAGUUUUUUUUAUAUAUAUAUACGUAAAUGUGUCUCGCGUAGCUUGCAUCUUUGUUUUUGCAUGGGCAAAAUUGAAAUGCGCUGAGUGUCGCCCAGCCUCCUGGUCGGAGCGCAACUCGUGUCGUCAUUGCACGAUGUCCGUCCGUCUAGUGAAAUAAGCCAUGAACUCGGAUAUGUUAAAAAUUAAAACAUCACACAAUCCCUGAGGGACGAAGGUGGGACAAGCGAAGGGGGGUGAUGGGGUUAGGCAAUUGUGGAUUGUGGAGCCACAGUGUGGGUUUCGCGAGACAAAACAUGUUGACAUUUACGCGAUCUAACCCAGGUUUUUUUUUAUUCUGGAUAAUAUUUCUGGCGAAAGCCGGCUACGCGUUAAACUAAACAUGAAACUUGCUUGAUUAGACAAUUACGCGCGAUUCAAUUCCGGGACGUGGGGUUCCAGCCAGGUCUCCCGCGGCAACAACGAGAGAUUAAUGAGGCCUCUUCUGUGCGUUCACUUUGUUAAUUAAACAUAGACGUUGCAUUCAAUCGGUCUCAUUUUGCAGCCAAAAUCAAGGCUACAUGCGCAGGUCAAUAUAAUAAUUCCCGUUUUACAUGCACGCUCGUACAUGUCGACAUGUGCACACAAACUCGUGCCGGGCUCCCAGUUCACACUCUUCUCGGGUACCUGCUGUUGAAUAAAAUGCAAUGUUUUGGAAAUUGCUCCCACCGAUUAAAAUGUCAUUCUAAGCACGUGGCAACCCGCUGCUAGAUGACUGCCUCCUCCCCUAUGCCUUCGGGGGUUAUUUGACCAUACUUCGCCA